AUGUCGUGCCCAUCCGAGAACGUAUUUCGACUUACUGAUAUGCCGAGAGAAAUCUUUGUCGACAUUGUCCAACGUGCUCUCCCACUUGCAGGAACCGACUUAGCUGCACCUGCACUCCUUCAGGCGCUGAAAAUAAACACUGAGCUCUACGAAAUAGCCUCUGAAAUUUACCACCAAGAGAAUCGCACCUUUGUUGUUGGUUCUGCAACAUUCGAGGAUACGCGCAAGGAGCUCCGCCAGCUGUCUCUUCGCGAGCUUGACAGAUUGAGAUGCAUUCGAUUCGUGUGGACCUCAUGCAGGGUGUACUCUCAACAGCUCGAUCCUCUUCGAGCUAACAAGAUUGUGCUGUUGAACAAAAACCGACAACUGGAUCUGGGUCUUUCGAACCAUCCAGCAUUACGUACAAAAGAAAUACAGUUCUCGGAGAAGCCGCACAUCAAAUACGAGAUUGUCGGGGACACUUCAGGAGUCGUGGUCACUUGGGAGUUGGAAGAGACUUCAGGGAAGCUAGGACAAAGCGAAUCGGAGAAUACAAGUCGAAGUUAUGGUCCUAUUCUUGCGAUCUCUGAUCUGUCUCUGAACGGUUGA